UUUGCUUAUUUGGAAAAUUGUACGAAUAGGGGAACGUCAUGAACUUUUGGAAAUUUGUUAGCAAUGAUUAAACAUAAAGUGAUAAUAACUUUUAAGCUGUAAUUUGUAAACAAAAAUUUUCGAAGUAAUAAAAAUUUAACCAACUACUGCACAUAUGUCGGACUGGACUGAGAAGAAGUUCAUCGAUUGCCUCUAGAUUGUUUGAUAGGUACACAAAAAACUUUCCAGCUGGUGCCAUUCGCGAAGCUGCUUUCGCAGCAUUUAUACGAACCUAUUAACUUGGUUAAAAUAGCUAAAUUAGGUGCCAAUACUUUUUUCCUCGCUGUGCGCUGGAAAAACGCAGUUAAGUUGGACUUGGUGCAAAAAAAAACCAUUGUGUACAUAUAAGAAACCAUCUGCGCCCCUUCCCUAACGUGGCCAAAACUCGAUAAGGCAAAAUUGUAUUAUCACACCUAAGCAAGAGACUUUGAUAGAAAUGGCGGGUGUUCCCCCAAUACCACCGCUACUAUGCAACACUCCGCCUCCAAUUGAUUUUGGCGAAGAUGAUGACGAUUCCGGACUACCAUCUACAUUAACACUUGAAGAUGAUGAGUAUGGGGAUUUCGCUUUAGCAAGUGACAUAAAUGAAGAUGCGACAAAUGCCGAUGCAUCUUCAUUACCUCACACACCGCUGCAGUUCGAACUAAGUUCAUCGACUACAAGUGGUUUCACAGAUGUACCACCAGUUUUGGAAGAUUUUGGAACUACUCCGCUACAGCUUGAAUUAAAAAGUUGCGCUGCACAGAAGGAAACAGACACGAAGGUUCAAUUAAACGAAGCGAUUAACUACGAUAUUACAAGAAAACUAUCUGCAGAAUGUUAUCGAUCACAAACCACAGACGCUAUAAACGAACUAGACGAAAUUGAUGCCACACUUGAUGUAGUUGCACCAGCCAUGCAAAAAGUUGUAAAUGACAAUAAACAAGAUAAUUUUGAUUCUAAUGAUGCCAAAAUCUACACUGCAUAUACAGAAAGCCUGCCAACAUCAGCAAACCCCCUUGCUCUUAAAACUGAACGAGAAAGUCGAAAAGAGAAUACUUCGAUUUUGGCUAAUGAACAAGAUAUUAAAAUAAAGGAAAAAAUUAAACCGGAUAUUUCACAAUCACAACCUGUAACUGGCAUAGUGUUGAUAGAAGAUCUAGCAGACGACAGCAGUGAUGAGGAGUGUCAUCGCUCACCAAAGAAAUCCUCCAUAUCGCCGACACCACCCUUAAUAAGCGCCGAUGACAUAGUUUCAGCAGAUUUUUUUGCAAUUCAUGUUGUUGAUGCACCGUCUUCACCAAAAGAAGAAAAAUUAUCGGUACUUGCAGAGGAUAUAAAUAUGAAUAAUUUUUCAAACUAUAAUAAUAAUGUCAUCAAUGAUCUGGAUAUCCCGGCCAAGGAUAAUGGUACUGAGGAAUAUAAUGAUGAUUUUGGUGAUUUUGCUGACUUCGAAUCGGUAGCUGAUUAUAUGAAACCAGUUUUUUUGCCGUUAGUGACAUCUGAUGUUAUAGCGGUGCCCACUGUUGAUAGCAAUGAAAAUGUAGAAGCGGUGGACGAGCCCCCUACGGAUAAUGGCACACUAGCUAAUAAUGAUAAUGAUGAUUUUGAUGAUUUUCAAGACUUUUGUGUGGCGCCGACACCAGUUCCGACUCUAACACCAUUCAUAUCAGCACAAAACUCAUUAGAUUCAGUAAUAACAAGCAAUGAUAGCAUCAAAAAUAAUGUGGACUUGAAGGGAAAUAGUGUUGCAUCGUCAAAUACAGAAGCAACGUUUCAAAAAAAGGAGGUUGAAAAUGAUGACGAUGACGAUGACGAUUUUGGUGAUUUCGAGAAGGCUUCAUUAGCCACACCCUCACAUGAACUAACCCCAAAUGCUAUCAUAUCACAUGCUUAUCCGCCAACUGUGUCCAGUGGCAAUAUAAAUGAGCGACUGAGUUCAGUACUAAAAAUUAUGUUUCCAUCCAAUGAUGUUAGAGUUGCGGAUGAUUUCCAAUCAGGAACCGAAGCAAAAGUACCAGAAAAGUUACCCGGUUUGCAAUCGCCAAACACUACACUUCCUUUUGAAUCGAUAGAAACUGCCAAAGCCUUAGAAUUCCAGUGGCCACAAUCAGAAAUGCGACAUGCGCUUAUUCGAUCAAUAGGCAUUGAUUCGAGGAACAUUUUGUUUGGCGAAAAUUGGAAUCCAUCAAUGCCACGCUUUGCUGCCAAUCUUAGUUUUAAUCCUCUAAAGCCAAUGAAACCACAAACGGCCAACACAACAACAACGUCAUUCGCAGAUGCAGAAUCAUUGCACUACAACAAUAGCAGCAGUGGCAGCGCGGCUGAUGUGGACAUUGGCAGCUAUGCUAUGAAAACGGAUGUACCUGAAGUUGAGUUUGACUGGCAAAGCGCCGGAUUAGUGAAUCCGCUGGACGGGGUCAAGGGGGAGGCAAACUCGCGAGAGGCUGAAACGAUUCACCCGCCGCCGCCUGUUGCACGGCUUGAUACACCCGAUGACCAGCGUCAAUCGCAUACAGCCUUUACAAACAUCGGCGAUAACAUUUCCGAAACCCUAAGCAACAAUGAUACUGAAAUGACGGCGACACCAACAAAAGACAUUUGCCCUGCGCCGUUAACAUUGGAUAAGGCCACGUAUCAGCUAACCAUACAGGAGCAAGGCAUUACCACCACCAGCAACAGUAGCUGCGCCAGUCUUAGCAGUAAUAGCAAACCCUAUGACAAUAGUAAAACCUUGACAGCAUUACGUUUAGGUGGUAACAUCGUUGAUGAAGAUGAUGAUGAUGACGGAACGGUAGUGACAUCUACCUACGCUGGACCUUUAAAGGAGACACACAUUUAUACACCAUCGAAGACGGAAUUAGCGACAGCAGGAAAAACUAGCAAAGCGACUGCCAGCGGUAGCGAGCCAAUUGACUUUGAUUAUGAAAUUGCUGCUGCGGGUAUAAUAAUCGAUGAGAAGGUAGUGAAAAAGGAAUAUCGCGAUGUUGAGUACAAUCCCGGCUUUAGCUUAGAAAUGGUGAAUGAAUACGCCGCCGAAUCGCCUAUAGGAAUGCCUGCACCAUUACCAAGUGAGCCGAUAUUGCUAAUGGCACAGACACAAGCGCAGCAGCAGCAACAAAAGACAUCUGCCGAAGUUGGCAACGAUGAAUUCUCCGAGUUUACAGAAUUUCAAUCAGUGCCACCACCACCACAAGUAUCAGUUCCCGUUAGUAUAACAGCGUCCGUGUCCCGAGUGGAACCACAUAGUAAAGUGACAAACAUUAGUUUACCUCCCGUCCUCCCAGCAGCUAUUGCCAAGGCAAAAGAAGCUAGCAAUACACCAAGUCGUACCAACUCACCCUCUAUUAUUGACAAUAUGAUACUCAGUCCGGCCAUACUGUUGCCACAAGCUAUUCCCAUAAGCGCAAAUAAUACAUCGGCAACAAAAGCGCCACCAAGCAUUGAAUGGGGAGAUACCUCGGCUAAUAUCAAUGCCGAUGAAUUAGCACGCAUUGAGGAGCUUUUCCCGCAACCUAAAAUGACGGCCGCCAAAGAUGCGAACUCUUCGCAAAAAGCAUCGCCUACGCACAACUACGUGGAAAAUAAAGCGAAAAAUGCCUCAAUUUCCAUAAGCGCUUCAAUAGCGAUGAAGGAGCAGGACUCCACACUCAACGAUGACUAUUGGUCUGAGUUUGUGUCAGUGCCGGUGACGCCUCAACUGUCAAGCAAUGCAAGCCGACUAAACAACAACAACAAUAGUUGUAACAUUAAUAUGAAAGGCAGCAAUAAUAACAAUCAGCCAGCUAUAACGCCAAAACGCGUCGUUGAUGCUCAAAUCAAUAGCGCAAAUAACAGCAAUAAGACAAUGCGGUCGCCACAUCAUCAACAGCACUCGAACGUCCAACGCACACUAACACCAACGCUACAGCGAAAGCCAACUCCACACACGAGUCUGAGCACCAGUAGUAAUAUCUGUAACACCAAUAGUAACAUCAACAGUAACAGUAACGAUGAUGACUGGUCGGAUUAUGUGUCAAGCACUCCAGCACCAACGCAUGUUAAUUCUUACAUGCGCACAGUGCAGACACCUCAAUUCAAUAGCGCCGCUUGGCAAAACGCGAACUUUUACAAUAAUCCGCUUGGCUUAUACCAUCAACAGGCGACCAUGCUAACGCGCAGUGCACCCUUGACGUCACAGCAACAACAGCUACAACUCCAACAGCAAAUACAUAUAAUGCAGGACUUCUCUACUGCACCCGUAACAGCCCGUCCAAAUGUCACUAUAAAUAACAGCAACAAUGCGCAUAUCAGCAACAUGCAACAUUCCAAUUCAUACUCACCGCUACAGGUGGGUAAUGCCAGAGUAGCGCCGAGCAUUUCACUAAUACCCGAUCUAGGUUUUGUAGCGCCAGCGAUACCAGUGCAUACUGCUUUUGUUAAUGUAUUGCCAAAAACGAGCUUUAAUGGCAAAAAAUGACGUUUAUUAAAUUGCGAGCAGACGCACAAUCGUGGUCGUACAACGCUGGCACAUUCCUAUCGAACUCAUUUACCGAAUGCUAGUCCCGUCACAGCUGCUGCCACCACUUCCAUUCACGAUAUUUUAACAUAGAAGCAGCUCUACUCCAAUUUGAGCGGAAUUUAUAGAUGUGUGUAGUAAGGCAAAGUACGAAAAUAUCCAAAUAUGAAGGUGACAAAAAAGUUAAAUAAAUUAUAUUAGUAGAUAUCCCUAAGUUCAAUCCUUGUUAAAAAUGUGAAAUUAAUGGCUAAAAAUAUCACAGAAUGAAUUAUCUUAUUAAUCAAUCGAGAAAUAUUCGAUUAAGUCCAAAUUUCCUCCAUAGUUAAGUUAAAAAGUUUUUUUACUUAACUCUGCUAUAUACUUUAAAGAAACUAAUGGUAGGAAUGCUAGUGAUAUGAGCAAACGGAUCGCUUAGGGAUAAGGGUUAAUACACAAUUUAAUUUUCAAAACUACUUAUUUUCUACCUAAAAAUUCUGGACCAAGUGUAUGUUAAAUUAUUUGUUUUUUCUGUUGCUUUCUUAUUUUAGUUUUUUGUUAGUCUAAAGUUCGGCACCUCGGUGAAGAUAGAUGGUAAUAGCUACUAGUAGCUAUACCUAUAUGUAUUGUAUAUCAUAUACUACAGCUACAUACAAAAGACGCGCCUGAAUGUUGUUUUAAAUUAAAACAUGUAAUAUUUCAGGUUUUACUAUUUUUAUUCAAAAUACGGCUCUUAAUAAUUAUAUGUGAAAAAUAGAGUCCAUCUUGAAUCUACAGGUAAAAUCCACCAAACAGUCGAUUCAUGAAUACCUAAUUGUUGAGGACGUCGGAUGUUGAAGGUUGUUCAGCAUCGCCACUUUGCGCUACAACAACAAUAUUCUCAACAGAACGUCCUGUUUUUGUUCUUCCACUUAUUUUUCUAUGCUCGACAGAACCGGUUUCUUGAAUAUUUUUCACCAACCUUUGAAUUUUUGACUUAUUCGGAUGAUUAUUUCCACGAAAAAAUCACAAUUUUUGCAAUAUGUUCUUCUCGGUCGACCAUUUUCAUAGCAAGUUUCAGUAGUUUUAACGCGUUGUUCUAUCGUAUAAAAUUGUACACCUGUCUACUUGACAAAUGUCAACGAUGACAUCAAAGCAAAGGUACUGUCUAGGAUUUAUUUACUACUGACAUCUAGGCGUUACUUUUGAGAGACUCUUUAUAUAACAAUUUCUAGAAUUAUUUCAAUGAUUCUCCUUUUAGCGGUUAUUUUCUUUUAAAACUAUAUAUUUCAACUAAAGGUCUUCAAAAACAUUUUGAUUAUAUUGCGAUAUUUUCUACGUCCCUUUCACAUAUAUCUCUACCAAGCGUUGUUAUUGUUGUUGUAAUAUCAUAAACAUUUUAGAUUGGCAGCCCUUUACAUAAGCAUUCAAGUCGUCUGUUUAUUUUAAAUUAACCAUUUUCUCAUCAGAAAAAAUACCAGAUUAGUUAACAUAGAAAAACUAUAUCGAACAGUCUUCAAAAACAGUAUACAAAUUCAUCAUACUUUUUGAAAUACAAUAAUGCAAUACUUCUUAUGACGAGCCAAUGGCUAUGUUGCAUUUUUUUAUUUUAAGCCAAAUACCACUUCCAUAGACCCUUCGGACCUCAUGUGCAGAAUUAUGCACAUAAUGUUUAAGGCUUAUAAUACUUUUAUUUUACUUUGUUGACAACACUUGGGACCUAAUGUGAUUAAUUGUGUACAUGCCGGAAAAUUCGGAAAACUUAAUAAAUAGGUAUGUAUGAUUUUUCACACAUUUGUUUUUAUGAUGCCCUUCUUACCAAUAAUUAGUAAAAAAAUACUAGUAAGCUCAAUACUUUCUAAGAAGUAUAAAAUUCCACAAAUUUUAUUCUCUUGAAACCCAAUAUCAGUCCAUAAAUUUGUGCUGCUUUAACGGGUUUAAGAGCACUCUUAACGGAAUAUAAACUUAUGGGUGCAUAAUCAUGGUCGAAAAUAAGCCGGUUCUAUACUUGUUAAACAGAGUUAAAAAAAUCAUAACUUAUUUUAAUAAUAGCCGAAUUAAUACCUAGUUUUUAGCUUGGAACCCGGUUUAAAUUUAAAUCCACCAUAAGCUGGUAACUAAAGUUGGUUUUAAGCAAAUUAAGUUCAAAGGAAAUUUACGAAAUUUAAUUUUCGGGAUACUGAAAUAGAUUUUGAUAUAAUAAACGAUCAGAUAUUGGUAAAACAUUUGAGUAUUUUCAGCACACUGAAAUGUUUUAAUGCUUUUUAUCAACAAAAAAAAUUAUCAAAAAUCAAAUCGAACUUUCAGCCACUUUAAAGUGGCACCUCGAUGGGCUAUAAACCUGUAUAUAAAUUUAUAAAAAUUCUGAAAGUUUUUUAAUUUAGUUGAUUUUUGUUGUAGUAUGAACUAUGUUUCUAUAAAAAAUAUUAAAAAAUUAAAUAAACAGUAAACAAGUAGUCAAAAUUUUGUAAUAUGUUGGGCUGCUAUUAUUGUAAGCACAGAUGUAUACCAAUAUAUUUAUUAUUAAUAUAAAUACAUAAUUUUGUUCGAAAUUAACUUAUUUAUUAUUAAAUACUUAAUUUUAUUCGAAAUUAACUUACUUUUUGCUCUUCUGUCGUUUUAAAUUUUCAAAAUUAGCAGUAAAACAAAAAUAUUUGAUUGUAAAUUUAUUAACAUUCAUUUAUCAGUUAAAAUUGGAAUUUAAUAGAUUUACAUAUGCGAAUGCUUGUUCUUACUGAAGCAUAAUACUAAAUUGUCUAUAGCAUUAAAGAAAAUAAACCCAGUUUCAAAUACUUGGUACAAUUUUAACAAAACCUGUGUUUAACCCGAGACUAUGAUUAUGCGUCAUAGGGUUCAUUUACAUUGCAAAUUAACCUACCCUUUGCAAUGGAUUUGGCUUCAUGCUUUUUCUUCCACUGAAAAUAUUGCAGUGAACCACUUGACUUUAUGGCACCGCAUAUGAUGGCGUACAGCCAAAUAUUUUAACGCCAGCCCAGCUGAGUUUAAAAUAUGUUUUUUAUUCUACUUUGUAAAUGUGAUGCAGAUAAAUUAUUGUUAACCUAUGAUUUAAAAAAAAAUGUCAUCUUCAAUUCAAUUAAAUAUAAUUUAAUUGCUACUAGAAGUACAGCAAAAUUUUGCGCGCUUCAGUAGGCAUAUACUCGUAUUAAUUGUAGAGGUACCAACCAAAAGAUAUUGCAGUAAUUUUUGGCAUCUUUAACUACCCUGGUAGCAUAGCCUGCAGGCAUAAAAUUCUUAAUACGUCACCAGAGAAUGACAGUAUGAUAUGUUAAGUGAUGUUUCCCGGGUCUCAUCGUCCGUUAAACCUAAACCAGUGAUAAUUUUACGAUAGCAGUUGACAAACGUAAUGCAGGCGAAGAAUAGGAGAAGAAACAUGUGCAUACCAAUACUAACUACAUAUCGCUCAAUCGCUGGAGGAACUUAAUAGCUCAAAAAAUUUAAAAUUUGAGAAACAGAGAACAGCUUCAAGGAUUACUAUGGCCCCUCAUGGUAAAAGUAAAAAAAACACAUUUUAUUCUAAUGUUAAGAGAUAUCGCUAUUAAUUUUUUACAUAGCAUAAAAGGAGCGCAUUUAUUUGGGUUAUGACGUUCUUCCUGUAAACGAGCGUUAUUAUGUAUUUAUAUUGGUUUGCAGGAAUAUUAAACAAUAUCGUAUUCACCCUCUUUCAAUUGUAUUUAAAAUGAACUAUAAAAGUGGUGAAGCUGCUCCUGUCAUGCGAGUAAAUAAAUAUUCUGAGUUCACCAUAAAGAUUAAAAUACCUAGCGAUUUUUGUAAGCGAUCUGCCUAUUUUGUGUGAGUUACAUUUAUGUUAAAAUUUAAAUUAUCUACUUAUGUAUGUAUGUAUUGCUGUAGUAGUCUGUUUUGCAAAUUAAGGCAUUUGUUUUUGAGUCGUUAAUAAUUUAAUGUGAUUACAUAAUUGAUUACCUUAGUCGUGUACAUUUUUGCUUUGUAGCAAGUGUAAAAAAAUAUUAUUAGACAUUAUGUAUUAAAUACAGUUUGUAGAAUUUGUUGAGAGCGUUCUAAGAGCUCUACUUAAAUAUAGUACCUAAAUAUUGUAGCCUAUGCAAAAGAAUGAACCAGUAUUUCAUAAUAAAAAAUAUACAAAAGACAUAAUAAACUUACGUAAAGUGAGAAUACAAAUAUAUAACUGUGUCUCACUCUGUAUCAAUAUCCAGCUAAAUUAAAUUACAAUGCAUAUGUAUGUAAAUAUCCCCACGGAUAUGAAAACAUGCAUACUUGUAUUUAUAAGCCCUAUAUUAGUACAUAUGUAUCUGCAUGUAAUUGUACUUAAGCUUCAAUGGGAGCACUAAUAGCAUUCAUAAUUGACAAAUAAAAAUAUAUAUUUUCGGUUGAUUUUAUUAUA